AAUGCUCUACAACUAUUAACUGAUGUUUUUCUGCUUUUGUUUUCCCAGACCACAUUUGCUUUUGACUCAAGAUGAUUUGAUGUCUUGUAAUAAAACUCUCAUUAACCAUGAUGGCUACACAGACAUUAAGUAUAGACAGCUAUCAAGAUGGGCAACAAAUGCAAGUAGUAACAGAGUUAAAAACGGAGCAAGAUCCUAACUGCUCUGAGCCUGAUGCGGAAGGAGUGAGCCCUCCCCCUGUGGAAUCCCAGACGCCAAUGGAUGCAGACAAGCAGGCCAUUUAUAGGCAUCCGCUGUUCCCACUGUUAGCUUUGUUGUUUGAAAAAUGUGAGCAGUCUACCCAGGGCUCCGAAGGCACCACUUCGGCCAGUUUUGAUGUGGACAUUGAAAACUUUGUCAGGAAGCAGGAGAAGGAAGGAAAACCCUUCUUUUGUGAAGAUCCGGAAACCGACAAUUUAAUGGUAAAAGCAAUCCAGGUUUUGCGUAUUCAUCUUCUUGAGCUAGAAAAGGUUAAUGAACUCUGCAAAGAUUUCUGCAGCCGAUACAUUGCUUGUCUUAAAACGAAGAUGAACAGUGAAACUCUGUUGAGUGGAGAACCCGGAAGUCCAUAUUCCCCCGUACAAUCCCAGCAGAUCCCGAGUGCCAUCACGGGCACACUCAGCCCCCAGGGCAUCGUGGUGCCUGCGUCCGCCCUGCAGCAGGGAAACGUAACCAUGGCAACAGUGGCAGGUGGCACAGUUUACCAGCCUGUAACGGUGGUCACUCCCCAAGGUCAAGUAGUGACGCAGGCGCUGUCUCCGGGGACGGUUAGGAUCCAGAAUUCACAGCUUCAGCUGCAGUUAAAUCAGGAUCUCAGCAUCCUGCAUCCAGACGAUGGCUCAUCUAAGAAUAAGCGGGGCGUCCUGCCGAAGCACGCGACAAACGUGAUGCGGUCGUGGCUCUUCCAGCACAUCGGGCACCCCUACCCUACGGAGGAUGAGAAGAAACAGAUCGCUGCUCAGACGAAUUUGACACUACUCCAAGUUAACAACUGGUUCAUCAACGCCAGACGACGGAUUCUCCAGCCCAUGUUGGAUUCCAGCUGUUCAGAAACUCCAAAAACAAAGAAAAAAACUGCUCAGAACAGGCCAGUCCAAAGGUUCUGGCCCGACUCCAUCGCAUCAGGGGUUGUCCAGGCACCGCCGAGUGAGCUCACCAUGUCAGAAGGAGCCGUGGUCACAAUCACGACACCCGUGAACAUGAACGUGGACAGCCUGCAGUCUCUGUCCUCGGACGGGGCCACCCUGGCGGUGCAGCAGGUCAUGAUGGCGGGCCAGAGCGAAGACGAGUCUGUGGACAGCGCAGAGGAUGACGGGGGCGAGCUCACCACCACCCACAUCAGCGGGCUGGUCUUGGAGAACAGCGACUCCCUGCAGUAGGCCAGGCGCAGACUCACCUGACUUUUUACAGUUUGCACAGCAAACGUUUUACACGAGUUUUAUUUCUAAUAUGUUUUAUAUGUAGAUAUAGAAGAGUGCCCUUUUGUAUUUCAUAGUAAGCUUAAAGAGCGUCUUUGCUGGUUCAGCGACUUCUUUCAAAUGUGUGUGUAUGAGUGUGAGUGCGUGCGUGUGUGUGUGUGUGUUUAAAUUUAAGAAAAUUCUUUAAAGGUUUAACGCCAGGAACGCGGUGAAUGAGACGCCCAGGGCCGGUAGAUUGAGGGAGAGUGCUGCCGCGUCCUAUGGUUAUGCAGCCUGGCCUGGGCCCCGUGCUGACCGCAGGUCCUGUGGACCGGCUGACCUGUGUGCCCACGUGUUGGAAAGAAGCUCCCGCACCUGAGCUGCCAGCGCCAGGUGGGCGAUGCCCCAGAAACAGUGUGCGAGCUUGUGGUGAACGCGCGGUGGUCGGCAUAAGUUUAAUUUCUCUCGCAUUCACUGAGCCUGUUUCCUUUGCUAUAUAUGAAAAGAAACGCCUAUUUUUACCUUGCUGGAAUUAUUGGAUAAAAAAGCUAUUUUUAUAAAUUCGCUAUGAAUUGGAUUAUGACUAUAUUGAGGAUAAAAUUUCUAGAGAAGAAACAAUACGCGCGUAGUAUGUCAAUUUGGACCAAAUUUAGUGGGCCUGCCUGAAGUGAGCCAGCAUUCCGUGUUCUUCGCUGUCCCUGGGCGGGCAAUUACGUUUACUACCAGAAGAGAAACAACUGUUGGGUGCAGUUGCGGGCUGUCCCGUUUGCAGUUUGUAUACAGUGCUCAGAUGUGUCUCUCACUUGAUCUAAACACGUAUCUAAAGGUAUUUGCUAACAGGACUUCAGGUCAGGUAAGUGGAAAUGGUAGCCAGUAACCAGUUAAAAGCUCUUACCAUUCAUACUCUUUCAGUCUGAUUUAAAUCUGGCCACAAGUUAAUGGUAAUCUUUACCAUGUUGGCUGUGCAUGGUUUUAGAGUUUUGAAAUCAAUCAUAUGUUAUGCAUAGAAUGUUUAUUAUCAGCUAAUAGGAAGUGUCCUCUACCCUGUUGGUUCAGAGCUGGCGUAAAUAACAAAUGUCCAAACUUCUAUUACACAAUCACAGAUACCGACAAAGUGACAAGGAUGAAUUGAGCUGUGAGGAUGGGAUGACAAAGACUCCCCUCCUCUGGGUUCACCCACACUUGCCCUUGGCCCUGGUGUCACUAUUUUCUUAUAAUUUUUGCUUUGGAAUUUCCAGAGCCCUUCCCUCUGACUUGACCACGUGGGAUUUGGAAUACUCUCACAACUCUGCUUUCCUGGUGACAAAAUCAAACCAAACCCACUGCCGUCGAGUUGAUUUCAACUCUUAACAACCCUGUAGGACAGAGUAGAAUUGCCCUGUAGGGUUUCCAAGGCUGUAAUCUUUACAGAAGCAG